UUUUGGAUUCUAUAGACGGCUACCUGGCUUGCCGAUGACACUUUUGGAUCAAAGCCAGAUGACAGCAAACUAGGGCAGUCUAUGUGCAUCAUAACAUCGGUUAUUAUCCACUAUUUCUACACUGCAACAUACUGCUGGACCUUCUUAUAUGCCCUGGAUGUGAAGCUGGUAAUGCAUGAGAAGCGCAUAAGCCAUCGCAUGUACCAUGCAGUGGCUUGGACUAUUCCGCUAAUCCUGUGCCUCAUAGGAUUGCUCAUCCUAUAUCUUCCUGAUCUAAACUGCCACAGUCAAGCCGUGAACCCGUACCUGAGAUUUCUGCCAAAUUAUUUAAGCUCAUUUAUUCCCAUUGUCGUUGUUAUGAUUGGCAACCCAAUACUUUAUUGCAUAGCGUUCUCAAAGGUUGAAAAGCAGAUAAUGUCAGCCAGAGGGAGGUUCACCCAAUCGGAGCGGCGGGUUGUCGAUGGCCUGCGCAAGAAGUUCUUCCUGAUCAAUGGAGUUUUUUAUCUCUGCUGGUUGCCAAAUAUCAUCAACGGCAUCGUCUUGUGGACGUCGUGGAAUAAUCUUCCGAAAGCAUUUAUCAUAACAGUGUGGUAUCUUAUGGCAAUCCUAAAUCCUCUUCAGGCCGUGUUUAACUCCAUGGUGUAUCGCAGCUGGGAGGCAGGUAGUGAAAUCUCAAAGCCCAGUUGGUUACCAUCAAGAUUAUGGCCAAAGCACUCAUCACAACAGCUGGAGGUGCCGAAUGCCAAUGUUGAUGAUCUUUAUAAAGAUCAGGUUCCUGAACAAGAAGAGUCUAUAGAAGAUUCUUCUCCCCAGCGUUCUGUUUCUAUGAAGUUGUCACAUGAACGAACACCAUUACUGCACUCUUUGUCAAAAGAUGGAGUUAAUCAAAGCCAGUUUGAGGUCACCAAUAGCCAGACUGCACCUAAAUCAUAUACAUAAUACACAAGUUGUUUUCUGCCCAAAUGGUAGUUUAAAUACAUUAAUGGGAUUGCAG